CACAACAACGAGAUUAUAGAGAAAAGAAAGAAAAAAAAAUCGAAAAUGAGUUGGAAAAAGGAGAUUUGUGGUUCGUACGGAGGCGUAACCCGGUUCGUACCGACCCCGCACGCCGACGUGUCGGUGGCUGGCCACCAGUUAGGCUUGAGCUGUCUUUUUUAAAAACUCCCCUCGUUCCAAUGUCACUUUCUUCCUCUUUCGGCCUUCUCUCACUGGGUUUUCUUGGCUCUCCUUGAGCUCGCGGAGAGCGCGUGGGCGAGAGUUCCUCCAUCUCGUCUCUCCCCGGGAGUGGCAAUGUGAUGGGCGAUCGCGAGCGAGAGCUCCAUCCACAUUUCUCGCCUUCUCUGGCUCGCCCGAGCUCGCUGUGAGCACUCUGCUUGAGUCCGAGAGAGAAGCAGCGCAGCAAAGGAGGGAUUCUAGCUGAGAGAUGGUGGAUGUGGUGUGUGAUCGCGAGCUGGGGAGCCGACCCACGGCGAGAACAACGACAUUGCUAUCGUCAGGGUCUACUUCUUCUUCCUUUUCUUCCCCUUCUUCCCUGAGCGGGCGAGCGAUGGAGAAUCGGCCCCCGACUGUGAUCUCCGUCCUGGCAUCGCUGCUCGAGAGAGUGGUGGCGCGCAACCACAGGCAUUUGGGCGGGGGGGCGACCAAGCUCACGGUUUUCCAUGGAUUGAGGGCGCCCUCCAUCAGCAUCGAGAAGUACCUGGAGAGGAUUUUCAAGUACGCCAACUGUAGCCCUGCGUGCUUCGUCGUCGCCUAUGCGUACAUGGAUCGAUUCAUCCACCAGCAGCCGGAUGUUCCAAUCACCUCGCUCAACGUCCAUCGCCUCCUCAUCACCAGCGUCAUGGUGGCCGCAAAGUUCCUUGAUGAUGCGUACUAUAACAAUGCGUACUACGCCAAAGUCGGGGGAGUGAGCACGCUGGAGAUGAAUCGCCUGGAGCUACAGUUCCUCUUUCGUCUCGACUUUCGCCUCCAAGUAACAGUGACAAUGUUCGAGAGCUACUGCUCGCAUCUGGAGCGAGAAGUAGUCUGCUGCUCGGCGCUCGUCCUGGCCACUUGCUGCGGCGUCCAUCGCCUCCUCGACAGUGACGACAGCUCCACGGAUCUUCGCCAGCAAGGUAGCGAUGCCGAGAACAAACCGGAGCAGCAGCAGCAGCAGCAGCCGCAGCCGCAGCAGCAAAUCCUCCUGCCAAAUCGAUGCAGCUGCUACGCUGGAUUUUGACAAACACAACACACUAGUGCUGUUAGUUCCUCUGGCAUUGACUUUAGGAAGAGCUAAGAGAUGGAGCUAACUAGGAAGAAACAAAAAAACCUUGUACCAUUACCAGUACUCUGCAAGAGUCAGCACCACUACCUUUCUUUUUA